AGUCACCAAAGAGGCCGGUUAUGUCGUCCCUCCCGCUAGAAAGCCAAUCUGAUCUGCUUUGACCAAACAGUCUAUAUCUUUGGCUUUGACCAAACUACAGCUACAGAGCAGGAAGAAGAACUCAGUCUGGUCUCAGCUCCAUCAGCUGCUGCAUCUCUGCUGUCAUGUUCACUUUAACAUCAGAGCUGUUCCUUACUUUGUUCGCAAGUUCAUGGAUCUUUGUUCUGUGUCAAGAGACACAGGAGGUGAAGGCUGGAGAGGACGCCACUCUUCAGUGUCAGAGUCACGGAGGGGCUGACAUCACAGUGAUAGCGUGGAGCAGAACUGACCUGAAGCCAGAUGAUGGUUAUGUCUUCUUCUUCAGAGACAACCUCUUGCGUAAAGAUGACCAGCAUUCAUCUUUUCAGGGUCGAGUGAAUCUGAGAGAUCCAGAGAAGAAGAACGGAGACGCUUCUGUGAUUCUGAAGAACGUCAAGAUCAACGACACUGGAACAUAUGAGUGUCGGAUUGGAGAAGGAAACAAGGAAGGCAAAUCUGAUCCCAGCAGCGUCAUCAAGUUGACAGUGACAGGUCACACAGAUGGACACAAGGAGGGAGGAGACAAGGAGGGAGGAGACAAGGAGAGAAAUGUUGGACUAAAAGUCGACCUGCCAGUUGUUCUUCUUCUUGCUGUUGCUGUUGGUGGUUUUAUGUUCUAAAAAUCACAAAGGUCACACAGCUGGACACAAGGAGGGAGGAGACAAGGAGGGAAAUGUUUCACAGACAGGUGGUGUGCUCGCUCUUGUUGGUGCUGGUUUUAUGAUCUUUAGAAAAUGUUAAGGAAGCACUGAAUUAUAAUUCAAAAGGAAAUUCUGUAGUGAUCUUUAUUUCUCAUAUAACCAACUAAAUGUUUUUGAAUUUGUAUUUUACGGCGCUCCAAAGGGUCACUGCAACAAUAUUUACUUUUAUACUUUUGCAUUCCAUCUCAAUAUGUUUGACAUGACUUCAGAAUACAUUUCUCCUUCCAUUCGUUCUGAGCCACAGUUGUGUCCAGUGUUUCCCACAGCAGCUUAUUUCAUAUUUCACCCUUUUUACUCCACUGAAUUUUCCACCCGUGUUUACUCACUACUUGAAUCGUAUCGUGAUUUUUUCUUGCACUUCUCACAAGCCCCAUCUCUCUCUAGUCUGUCAUGCACAGCUGCACACAAAAAAUAAAGGUGCUAACUAGAAACAAAAAUGGUUCUUCAGAGUGAAACCACAGAAGAACCAUUUUUAGUUCCAAAAAGAACCUUUUAGCAAGUAGUGCUUUAAAGAACCAUUUCUGCAAACGUUUUUUUGAGGAUCCUUCGAGGUGAGAGGCGGCCGCCUUGCAGAUUCAGUGUCACUUAUCACUUCCUGUGGCGCUACAAAGCACUUGGCGCUACAACUAUAAGUUAGUAUUGGCAUGUAGAUGUGACUGUUGUCAAGCACGUAAAGUUUGGUACAGAUUUGAGCAGGUACAGUAGUGUGUAGCAUGGAGCUUUGCUGCCACGCCAUCUAUACGCCGUUAAGGAAACCCACAAACUUUACAAUAUGACAUCAUCAAUAUGUAAAGGGUUUGUUUUCUGAGAUAGUUUUGAAGCAGAUAUAGCCAACCUGCAAGAAGUGCUUCAUCACAGCAUAAAUGUAGUCACUUCCUGUUGCCAGCAGAUGACUUUGAGUCAAUAUUGGCACAUUGAUGUGUUCAGGGCGCGACUCUUAUGUAUUCCAUUUGGUACAGAUGUGAGGAUGUAGACUGAAGUUACAACAACUUCCUGUUUUAUUGCAAAUCAUCGAUUUUUGACGCCACGGCGUUCCACAAAAACUCACCGUUCACACAACUUUUAUUCAUCAAUGGGUUUAGACUGCACAGCACAAAUCUGAAGUCGGUCUAAUUCUGUUUUGUAGAGGUUUAUUUAUUCUUAUAAAACAGGUAGCUCAAAUCAAGCAAUCUGAUUGGUUCAUAGUAGUGAUAUAAUGAGCGUAUACAGUACAACGGAUAUGACGUCAAAUUCCUUCGCACAGAUCCGGAUCACUCCGCAAUGAACAGGGUUCGAGUUAUAAUCUGAGCUUAGUUAGGAGUCUCACACCCCAUUUACACCUGGUAUUAAAAUGCAGUCUGAUAGGCUCCAGAUUUUACCAGCAGUGAUAAAUAAAUAAUGAGAGAAAGAUAAACCAUUGAUUACUAUGUGAUGCCCCUUAACUGUGAUAUAAUAAGCGUGUACCACGGCCUGUCUGACUUAAUUAGACCGACAGAUGGAGAAAACAGUUUUAAAGGAGGGAGGAUGAUAGUGGGAGCGCAGUGUGAGGUUAGUCUAAUUAUAGUUACCUUACAAUCAUUUAAAAUAAGUUUUAAUAUGAAUAUAAAUGGUUUCCUUCUGGGUAAAUACAUGAAUGCUGUGAACAUAAGUAAGAUCUCCAAGUACCUUUUAUCCACUUUAGAAAUUCAGAAUUCAUACUGUGAUGAUUUGCUGAUUAAAAUCCUCCCUCCUUUAAAACAGCCUGCUUCAACUGUUAGACAAUAUGUAUAGAUUAGGAAAGGCCUCUUGAUCUAGGAAUUUGGUUUAGUUGAUUGAUACUUUGGUAUCAAGUAUCAAUGUAGUUUUUCAGAAGCACAAAAAUAAUAAUAAUUUAUUUUGAUACAUGGCAUCGCUGCUGUAGUUUGAUGGAUCUUUGUCCAUCCCUGUAUGUACUGUAUCCAUAUGAAGCUACAUGUAUUGAUCAGAAAUGUGAACAGUUCUUUAUUUCACAUCUGUUUAAAUUUGCUGACUUUGCAUUAAAAGCCUGGAAAAUAAAGUACACUGGAGUCUUGAAUUUGACCCUGGUGUCUCCAGUAGGCUACUGUAAACUCUACUACUGUAAUCCACAACACAUCAUACCUGAACUGUGUGUCUGUGUCUGUUUCUGGCAGCCGUCCACUGUUUUUCUUUGCCUUUAAACACAUUUUACCACAAUAUAAAACUAGUGCAUUAAGUCCUGCUUUCAAAAUGUUCAUUAAGUCAAAGUAUUAGCUAUGUAUACCUACUUUACAUAAUGUUGGCAGAUAAAUCUAUAUUAAUGCUUCAUGUUGUAAAACAUUAAUCUGCAGAGUAACUUGUUAAUACUGUCUACAUGUUUUUAUUUCAAUGUAUUUUUAUUUCAAUGAAAAUCUCUGUUUUCUUGCCAAUAAAGCUUCACUGAAUUAACC